AUGAGGGUCUAUAUGAGGAAGUUUGCAUUCGGCCUUUCAGAUGACUUGGUAUUGGAGUACAAGGGGUUAAUGUUGAAUAGGGAUAUGGACUUCUCUAGAUUGUCUAUUCAUAUGCAGCAGGUUGAGGAGUAUAAAAAGAGGGUUGCUGAAGAAAGGGAGAAGGAUAGGUGGCAGAAGAAAAAAUUUGGGGGCAAUGCUCAGUCUGCGGCAAGCUCUCUAGAGCACCUCCAAUUGACCGAUGAUCUUAGAGUUUUCAAACUAAUCAUGGAUCCAGAGUAUAAGUCGGGUCAUUUUCAUAGAGAUUUUCCUUCCGAUAGAAGGAAUUUUGAUGGUGCUAGGUCUCAGGCAAACCUUUUUGUGCCACCACUACCUCCCAAAGAUGCUACUUCAGCUACUAGAAGCAGACGCAACUGGUUGUAUGCCUUGUCCAACUGUCAGGAUACAGAGGCUUCCCCAGAUGUAUAA